UAUGACAACAACACCAGUGCUGUCAGGCUGCUGCUGAGUGAGUGUACGCUGAGCAUCUCUCUGCGAGUAGGAAGAGAAACUACGCUAGAAAGUACCGCCAAAGCAUCUCAGGUAGUGACGCUGUGGAGAUGAUGGAGGAGAAUGAGGAGCAGUCAGACCUCAGUGUGAUGGAGGGGAACAACGAUGGAGACAGCUUCAGGCUUCACAUGGUGACGUGGAACGUGGCCACAGCUGAUCCUCCAGACGACCUGACCAUGCUUCUCCAUCUGAACUCCCCAAAGAGCCCAGACCUCUACGUCAUCGGUCUGCAGGAGGUGUACUCGGGGCCUUUGAGGUUUGUGUCGGACACUGUAUUCGAUGACCCGUGGAGUCAUCUGUUUAUGACCACCUUGGGACCACGGAAAUACAUUAAGGUGUCAUCCAUCAGAAUGCAGGGUCUGCUGCUGCUCUUCUUCUCCAAGCUGGACCACGUCCCCUUCAUCAGAGACAUCCAGGCCACAUACACACGCACAGGCAUUUUCGGUUACUGGGGUAACAAAGGUGGCGUGUCCAUCCGUCUGUCUUUCUACGGCCACAUGCUGUGUUUCCUCAACUGUCACCUGGCUGCACACAUGAAAUACGCCACAGAGAGAGUGGACGAGUUCGAGUACAUCCUGGACACGCAGACCUUUGACUGUAAGAAGGCUCCAACAAUUGUUGACCACAGGCUGGUCUUCUGGUUUGGAGAUCUUAACUUCAGAAUUCAGGACCACGGCAUGCACUUCGUCCGCUCCUGUAUCAACAACCAAACGUUCAGCCUGCUGUGGAGCAAAGACCAGUUGACCAUGAUGAAGAAGAAAGAACAGCUGCUCCAGGAGUUUGAAGAAGGACCUCUGGACUUUCAGCCCACGUACAAGUUUGACUUGAACUCCAACACUUAUGACAGCAGGGUCUACAGGACUUGGUUUGGCUUUAACGGGAAGAAGCGUAAACCCGCCUGGACCGACAGGAUUCUGUGGCGGCUCCGACCCAAAGCCCCGCUCCCUGACAAGCCAGAUGACAGUGGGGUCGGACCAGAUGUGAAGAAGGCCGUGCAUGUGGAGGAGGAUGAGGAGUACCCUCUGAAGGUCAGGCAGGAGUUGUACACCAGCAACAUGGAGUACAGCAUCAGUGAUCACAAACCUGUCGUCAGCAUCUUCACGCUGGAGCUGAGGAAGAUGAUCGAGACUCCUCUGGUGCGUCUGCAGGCGGAAGGCGACUGGAGCGCAGACAUUGACGCCAUGGUUAUCUACAGCCCUCUGCAGCCGUUCCCCUCCAGCACAUGGGACUGGAUCGGACUCUAUAAGGUUGGAUUCACCAGUGUGUCGGACUACAUCACCUACACGUGGGUCAAAGACGACGAAGUGGCCUUUAAUGAAGAAGUCAUACAGGUGUAUGUUAGUAAAGAGGAAAUCCCUGUGCGGGGAGGAGAGUGUGUGCUGUGCUACUUCAGUAGUACUCUGCAGUGCAUCAUUGGAAUCAGUGAUCCAUUCAAGGUCCAUGAGUCUAAGGUAGCCAGUGAGGAAGGCCUGGAGCCGGAGAAGAUCAACGGACUCAACCAAACCGUAGCCAGCGACGACUUUUGGAACUGAUCUAUGAAGAGUCGUAGAUGUGGUAUGAUAGAGGUGGAUCUGCCUGAACCACAUCACGUAAUUUAAUUACUGUGUUUCCUGAUUUGUCUCCAGAGGAGCAGAUCAGGAAGUGUUGCCUGUUCAUGCUGUGACACAUCCCCACUGACCUCUCUAAUGCUACUGGUGUGGCUGUUAGGCCUCGUUCAGACAUAUCCAGAGUUUAUCCAGAUUCAUUUUAGAAAGGCUGUAUGUAAAAAAAUAACCCCACAUGAAAUGUGAUUUUUGCAGAUCCAACCACAUUGGAGGUGGUUUGAUAUCGGAUUUCAGCAGAUGAGAUUCAGUCCGACACCUCUGCCCUCUCAAAUUGGAUUUUCAAGUGUUGUUUGUGUCAUGACACACAACGUCAUACACGAGCCCAAUUCAUGCUGCUACGAGCAGAGCAAUAUGGACGAAAGGUUGCUGCUCUCUGUCGCUGUUUGGUGUGAAGGGUGAAAGGUUGGACCUCCAUUUCUCAUGCUUGCAUGUUGAAAUGACACAUCGCCAGCAUAGCUACCAGAGUUUACGCUACACUUUUGUUUUUUUGGCGGCCAAUAUGAAGUAUAUUUUAAAUAUUCAUGUAAUAGCCUACAUUUAAAGGCAAUAAAACACUUUAAACUAAAUAACUACUAAACGACUACUCGGACGUUUAGUGACAGGCAAAAGAGGGAAAGGCCUUGGUGCGCUAAUCGUCACCAUAAAUCAGGGGUGUCAAACUCAUUUUAGUUUAAGUUCCACAUACAGCACAGUUUGAUCUCAAGUGGGCCGGACCAGUAAAACCAUUGCAUGAUAACCUGUAAAUAACAAAACCUUUAAAUUUGUCGCUCUCUUCCAGUGUGAAGAAGUAACCUUACAGGUAACUCACAUCCUGAAAAGCUCCACAGUCAAUAAACAAUCCAUUUACAAAACAAAUGAUGAACAGCCUGAGAUUAAGGCUGAAAGAUGACAGAAAAAUAAGUGCAAUUUCCACAAUAUGUCCGUCAGUAAACUCACCUUCAGAGUGUUGCUUUGAUGCUGAUGCUAUUCUGUUAGCAUAAGGUAGCUAGCUUUCACAGCUGCACUGCUGAUCUCUCAGCUAAAACUAAAACCAGGCUUACGUUUCCUCAAACCCGCCAACCAUUAAUUUACCAUCUCUGUUCUUAGUUGUCCUGGCAAGUUGCUAAAUUUUUCGCCUUAAUGAGUUGAUAGUGGUGGUAAAUAUAAUAUUUCUUGAGCACAACAAGCACAGUGACUGCCCAUUUACCUCUGUGAAGAAACAGGAUCUAGUUCAUUUGGACUAAAAGGUACAGCAGUGCAUUUAAUUGAAGCUAAGUCAUUAAGUGGGUCACAUUGGACCCUUUUGGUGGACUGGUUCCGGCCCACGGGUGAUAUAUUUGACACUCCUGCCAUAAAUCAUCAAGCCUGCUAUUUAACCGUCUGGCUCGCCGUCGUGGAGUGAAGCGCAUCGUCAGUGGAUGUGGCGUAAGCUCUGAACAGGCACGGACGAACUCUGUACGGUUUAGAGGGAUAGUUAAUAUCCCAAAAUCUGGUCUGCUGAUUUAAGUUCAUAUUUAAGUCGUCCGGGCGACAUAUCCUAUAGGUCAGUUGUUUGAUACGCGAUUAGAAAGUUUAUUUAUUUGACAUAUUUUCAACCGGACAUUUAAGGUUUUGAUAUUUUCAUCUGACGGUCAACUACACACGAUACACUUAAAAGCUGCCGGCAAACGUAAACUCUGGUGGCUGCGUAGUUACUGAGACCUUCGUCGUUACCAUAGCAACCCAUGCAGAUAGUUUGGUGGUGUCCGGACACACAAAUCUGAUCUGAUCACAGCUCAGAGCAGACGGUCUGUCUUUGAGAUCUGAUUCGAGGACCAAAUCUGAUUCACCUUCAGUCUGAACGCAGCCUCAGCUACUCACACCUCCGUGGUCAGAGCACGACUUCCUCUGUAGGGUCAUUUUCUCUACGUACGUUUACCAGAAUUUAAACUUUGACUGAAACAAUACAAAGGUGGCAUUUAAGAUAUGAAGUGCUUUGAUUGAACAUUAUAUGUUUGGUUAAUGGGGAAUAGGAUGUAACAGGUUAUUGAUAAACAGAAGGUGAGGUAUGUCGUAGGAUCUGUACAGUCUGCUGCUGUGUGUCGGUAGAUAAAAUGCAGCUGUGUGAACAGCUCCAUUAUGUGUAAACUCUGUGUUUUAAUGCUGAACUUUUAAUGCUCUCACAGCUGCUUUGUGUGGCUGAUAGAAACGCUGGAUCACUGAAUAGUUUUGCUUGUUUGGAGACGUCAAACACUCCAGCUGAACUUCACCUGACUGCUGCAGUGAUGAAAAGGGAAUCGCAAAAUUAACUAAACUCUUUGGCUAGUUUAGUGUCAGCUGUGCUCAUAUGGAGUUAUUUUGCAGUGAGAAAUGAGCAAAUUAACGUUCACUGCUUCCUUAGCAAGUAUGAAGAGAGAGGUUAACUUAAGUCAGUGUGUGGAUAUGAUUAAGCUGCAUGUUCAUGGCAAAGCGAAUACGAUGCUGGAGUUACAGCAGUUUUCACAGCAGAUGCCUUCAUUAGUAGGUCAUAUUAAGUUUCCUUGUUUUCAUUUUAAUCUAACUCAAAGCUUUAAGAUCAAGUGCUUGUUCAGGAGAUAAUCAGAGCUUCAAACCUGUGGGUGAACCAAUAGGCUAAAGCAGUGGCUCCCAGCUGGUGGGUCGUGGUCCGAAAGUGGGCUGUCAACUUGCCAACAUGUCAAGUUUGUUAAAAACACACUUUAUUUUAAAGUACAGUGAAUUUCCAACACAGAGCUUUUAUUUUGAAGUGCCGUUUCCUGCUGUAGAGUGCGUGACUUACAGACAUCUGCUUAACAGAGACAGCAAACUAGCUUGAUGACAUGACGCAAGUAUGAUGCUGAAUAAAUCUAACUGUGUGGACCUUGAACGAAUGACUGUGGAGAGAUCUGGACCAGUUGGGAACCAAUUUUUUGGUUUGGCCAAUUAAUCGGUGCCGAUUUUUACAAACUAUCGGUAUCAGCAGAAGUUUUUGCUUGGACUGCAACAGCUGGUCCAGUGCUGCCAAUCAGCUAUCGACGUUUUCCUGCUCCAAACUGUCGUCAUUAUAUCCAGCACUACCCGAGCCUAUCACAAGAAAACACUUUGUAGGCCAACUGAAAUCCAAUGAAUCAGUCGCAGCUGCCUUAACACCACCAAACACUCUCAGUAUAGCUCCUUUGGAACCAACAGUUUUGCUAACUUCGCUGACUGAUACAAAAAUGCGAGAAGGUAAGGUCCUGUCUUGAGCCAGGGUUUAGUUUGUCUGUUUUGGGCUGCUGCAGAAACACGGCGGUGCAACAUGGUGAUCUCCAUAGAUGAGGACCUGCUCCCUAUGUAGAUAAGGACAGCUCAUUCUAAAGCCCCAUUGAAACAAGAUGGCAGCUAUUUCUACCAAAUCAGUCUGCAGCCAAUCCUGAGACAAAAUAGGACAAGGUCCAAAACCUGAACAAAUUAAAAGGGAAAUUUCGGUUUAUUUCAACCCGUCUCCUAUCGUCCUAAAUUUGUUUCAAGUGACUAGUGACAUAAAAAUAAUAGUUAGCAUGUUAGCCGUUAGCCUAGAUACAGCCGGGGCGCAUAGUAGCGUCAGACCUGUUAAAACGUAAGUGAACGGGCAACCUUCAAGUGCAAAGUUAGUCCACUAAACAAGCUUUUUUUCCACAAAGACCGCCUCAUAUCGUUAGGAUAAAUGUCAGAGAACAUAUAGAAAACGACAUGUAAACGUGUUGUCUUACCUUACCGGUGUGCUGCCAUGUUUGUUUACCAUUUAGCUCUGCUUUCCAAAGUGCGAUCUCAUACCGUGCCUGAAAUUUCACGAGAACAAGCAGCAACAGCUGGAAGGCAGAACCGGACAGUAGCCUGAAAAGUUCAUUCAUUUAUUUUAUGAAAGAUUUAUAGAAUAAUGGCUGACUUUUUGCCAGACUUCGACUUUGUGGAGGAGGAAUUUGAUUUUGCAGAGUUUGAUGGCUGCCCUUAUUUAUUUGAGCCAGAAUACACUGAUGAAGAGCUUCGUGAAAUUGAAGAACGGAGGAGAGAGAGAGAGAGGCGCAACAGGUAGAGGACGAGAGGAGGAAUGGCUGCUGCAAGGCUGCGUAGCUCUGGAGAUUGGUGGUGUACCUGUGAAUGCUGUGCCCCAGUGCCCACAGAAGAGGAAUGCCUCUGUUGCAAGGAAUGGGACCGGUUGCAGCCUUAUUUUCAAGGUCUGGAUGUGACCGAGGACGAGACACCUCCACCUGGAGUAGUAUCCAGCUGGGCUUUAUCUAGAGCUCGCGAGAUUUCAGGUACGGUAUGAGAUCGCUGCUUGUUCUCGCGAUAUUUCGGCCACACUUAAGAAA